GCUUAAAAGUUCAUCGUGCAAUCUUUCCGACAACACUCGGUUCAGUACAAGGUCCCAAUACACUAGAGGAUUAUUCUCACUGUUGGUAGCGAGAUGCAUUCCGCCACAGAGUCGCUCUACUUUCUCCCAACCGACGAAUCGGAGCGCAAGAGACUUGAUCUUCAAAACGAGGUCUUUAGAAAGGCUUUAGGGAACCGUAUUGUAUUUGCUCCCAUCGAACUUCACGCGGGAGACAAGGUACUUGACAGUGGGACUGGCUCAGCAUCUUGGCUCCUCGACUGCUAUAAUGCCAAGAAAGAUGCUACUUUCUAUGGAAUUGACCCGAAGACAGACAUUUUUCCAAGGCUCGACGAUGAACAGAAGCGGCGGAUCCACCUGGAUGCGGGGAGUGUUUUACAGCUACCGAGCACUUGGACCGACAGCUUUCAGUUGGUGAAUCAGCGGCUCCUUAUGACAGCGUUUUCAAAAGAGAACUGGGACACGGCUUUGGAGCAAAUUUACCGUGUACUUGCGCCAGGAGGCUGGGUGCAGCUCGUCGAAAUCAGUCAAUGCAUCUCUGGAGAGAGAUCACGAGAGUACUACGCGAUGUUUCGGGAUCUAUUUUCCAAAAGGGGCGUAUUAAAUGACUGCGCUGACCACAUUCCGAAAUUCCUCAAAGAUGCAGGGUUUGACCAAGUCAAGGCGCAACGUUGCGAAGUCAGCAUUGGGGGUCCACCCGAUUCAGACGGGAUAAACGCCGGGGCUCGCGAGAGCUUUAUUGGCGCCAACAAGAGAAUGUUAAGUACGGUAGUGACACUGGGGAUUCGGACGGAGGAAGAAUACAAGGAAAUGGUAGAAGAUCUAGAAAAGGAAUGGGAGAGCGAGGCUCAGUCAAAGAUGAUUUUUUACAUUUUCCUUGGCCAGAAACCACUAGCUACUUAUAACGACAAAUGAUAGUGAUUAAUCCAUCCCACUCCUGCCACAUCUAGCUAUAUCAUAUUAUGAUGUACAGAGUAUAAAGAUUUGUACCUUCGAUGAAUUGCUUGUCGACUUUUUU